CUCCUUCCUUUACUUGGUUCCUCCAAGAUACUACGUAUACAAAGUAGCGCUAAGUACUGACUUGACUGUCAUGUCUGCUUAUUCUUCAGACGAGGACCAUAUCAAUGAUGCCUUUGGCCUGUCAAAACUUCCCUCCAGCAAAAAACCGCGCACGGUCCAGGACAAAUUCCUGUCUCAGGCUGCGCCUCAUGUUCUCGCUGAAGACCCUCUAAAUCAAACCUCGCUGGUAACCCGGCCGACAGACACACAAAUGAACGUCAAUAUUCCUUACAGCGACAUGAUGUUGCCGCUCCAAGGUCCCGAGAAUCCAUUCGGUGAUUCAAACCGGUUUAUCAAUCAGAACGCACUCGCGGGUCAUGUGGAAGAACAAUCCAUGUCAGACCACGCGUUCAAGGCCCAGCAUCUGACACAUUCCAUCCUCGGCUACUCGGUCAAUCCGUCGAUCGAUCCAAACGCUCCGUCUAUUCUUGGUUCAGUUGAAAAGGCUCGCGAAAAUGGCUUUGCAACAAUUGAUACAUUACGAGCUACGAACUCUCAGAGAAAGGAAUUGAAAAGAAAGAGAAAGAACAAGGGAGAUCUCGAUGUAGUGGACGGUGAGGGUUCAUACGUUGGACCUUGGGCUGCAUGGGACGGAGAAGAGGAAAUUGGAUUCUUGGAUGGUGUUGAGGACACUGGUGAUCAGCCGCAGGAGGAAGAGGAGCCUGAACCGGUAGUUCAAAAGAAGAAAGCAAAACCGAAGCCUGGUGCCUACGGCCAAGAAACCUCCGUCUUCCAUGGCAAGUCUAUGACCGACUAUCAGGGCCGCACGUAUAUGCAUCCGCCGCUGUCGGAAGCGCCUCAUAUUGUCACUGAGGUUGGCUCCCAAGAGACAUUUAUUCCGAAGACGUGUAUCCAUACUUGGACCGGCCAUACCCAAGGCGUCUCGGUAAUACGAUUAUUCCCUGAAACUGGCCAUCUCCUCCUUAGCGGUUCUAUGGACACAAAAAUAAAGCUGUGGGACGUGUAUACACAUGGAAAUUGCCUUAGGACUUUCCAUGGUCACGUACAGGCGGUUAAGGACGUCACAUUCUCUAACGAUGGUCGGAAGUUUUUAUCAUGUGGAUACGACCGCCAGAUGAAACUAUGGGAUACCGAGACUGGCCAGUGUCUCAAGCGGUUCAGUAAUGGUAAGACUCCAUACGUUGUGCGCUUCCAUCCGGACGAAGACAAGCAACACAUAUUCCUCGCUGGUAUGUCGGAUAAAAAGAUUAUUCAGUAUGACAUGAACUCUGGGGAGAUCACCCAGGAAUAUGACCAGCACUUGGGUCCUGUCAAUACUAUCACUUUCGUUGACGAGAACCGACGCUUUGUCACGACGUCGGACGACAAGACCAUCCGUGCUUGGGAUUAUGAUAUCCCAGUCGUGAUCAAGUACAUUGCAGAACCUCACAUGCACUCGAUGCCAGCAGUAACGCUUCACCCUUCAAAGAAAUAUUUCGCUGCGCAAUCGUUAGACAACCAGAUUCUCAUCUACAGUACGGAUAAUUUCCGCCAAAACAGAAAGAAAAGAUUUGCGGGACAUUCCGUGGCUGGGUACGCUUGCCAGGUCGGGUUUUCACCUGAUGGCAAAUGGAUAAGCAGUGGUGACGGCGAGGGGAACGUGGUGUUCUGGGACUGGAAGACGGGGCGUAUUAAAUCCAGGCUACAUGCACACUCCAAGGUUGUGAUCGCGCAUGAGUGGCUACCACACGAGUCGUCUAAAGUUGUAACGGCGUCUUGGGAUGGCUUGAUAAAACUAUGGGACUGAGUAAUCUAAUACUCGCAUCCAUUGUAUUCUGUACGCAUAGCCGCAUGACAUCAUAUUUUUGCUUCGGCGGUCGGAUGGCGCAUGCCACGCACUGGUGCAGUGAUGAACUAGAAAUUGAUUCCACAUCGCCAGGAACCAAGUGGCUGACCGUUGUUCGUGUGACAUGAUGGAAAAUUGUAGGCGCUUGCCAAUUGGAAGCUCGUUUGGCCCGAUAACGAAUAAAGUGCUUCCAUGGUCUCGUGCAGUCCAUCAGGGAAGUGGAUGAUCAAGACACCGUCGUCGUUGUGGUAUGUUAUGCCGAUUGAAUGAUUUGUUGGAAUGAUUCACGGAGCGGGCAGGACAUACCUAUUAGAUCGCAAUCCUCGGACGUACGUUACUGACCGUUUCAUGGAUGAACGGAGCAGAUGGGCCAGCCAGAUAGAUCUAAGAUU